ACAGCCUUGCAAGUAGCAGCAACAGCUGGGCCUUGGAGUCUUUAUUUUUCCCCACCCUUUAAAGGUGCUUUUGUGUUUUCUCUGCCGGUGGAAGCGCUGCCCUUUCUGGAGUUGGUAUGUGAUAAGAGGUCCUAGCAGUGCCAUGUAUUGGAAGAGCGAUCAGAUGUUUGUGUGUAAACUGGAAGACAAGGACAUUCCUGCGCUUGGUAUUUCCACUGAGAAGUUCCCGGGGCUCAUGGCCGAGGAGUGCGGGAGAGUGGCGGCCCUGGCGGGGGGAAGGCGACGGAAAGGCGCCGGGGCCGGGGCGCUGGUGAACCCCGAGGCAGCAGCGGACGAGGACUCCUGCUCUUCCUCCACCCCGCUGUCCCCCUCCUCCUCGCCCCGGUCCAUGGCCUCGGCCUCCGGCUGCGCCCCCAGCAAGUGUCUGUGCAGCAGCUGCGGCCUGGAGAUCGUGGACAAGUACCUGCUCAAGGUAAACGAUCUCUGCUGGCAUGUACGCUGUCUCUCAUGCAGUGUUUGCAGAACCUCUCUAGGAAGGCAUACCAGCUGCUACAUCAAAGAUAAAGAUAUUUUCUGCAAACUUGAUUAUUUCAGGCGGUAUGGAACCCGUUGUUCUCGUUGUGGUAGGCACAUCCAUUCUACUGACUGGGUCCGAAGGGCUAAGGGAAAUGUGUAUCACCUAGCAUGUUUUGCCUGCUUCUCCUGCAAAAGACAGCUUUCCACUGGAGAGGAGUUUGCUUUGGUUGAAGAGAAAGUCCUUUGUAGAGUACAUUAUGAUUGUAUGUUGGACAAUCUAAAAAGAGAAGUUGAAAAUGGGAAUGGGAUUAGUGUGGAAGGAGCAUUACUAACGGAACAAGAUGUUAAUCAUCCAAAACCAGCAAAAAGAGCUCGGACUAGCUUCACAGCGGAUCAACUCCAGGUUAUGCAAGCACAGUUUGCUCAAGACAACAAUCCAGAUGCACAAACGCUCCAAAAACUGGCAGAAAGAACAGGCUUGAGCAGGCGCGUGAUACAGGUGUGGUUUCAAAACUGUAGAGCACGUCAUAAGAAACAUGUUAGUCCUAAUCAUUCAUCGACUGCUCCUGUCACAGCAGUUCAGCCCUCUAGGCUGUCUCCACCAAUGUUAGAAGAAAUGGCAUACUCGGCAUAUGUACCCCAAGAUGGGACAAUGUUAACUGCUCUACAUACCUACAUGGAUGCUCAUUCACCUACAGCACUUGGACUCCAGCCCUUGCUACCCCAUUCAAUGACACAACUGCCAAUAAGUCACACCUAAUUCCUUUCUUUCAGGGAUAAAAGCUAGUAAGGAUGUACUCUUAAGUCAUUUAUUGUGUAUUAAAAUAUCAUUGAAAAGAUAUUAAUGUACAUUUUUUAUUUAACAUCCAAAGCAUUUUCAAGACCAUUUUGCUGCCCAAGUACGUAAGUAUGUAUGGAUUCUGCAUAAAUAACUAUGUUGUUUACAAGGCUUAUUAAACACCUUUUUUUGUAUUGUCUGGAAGUAGUCCACUCUAGUUAUGUAUUUGUUAAUUUAUUCAUCAUCAAGAGCACUUUGCCUAAAAGAAAGGACUGAUAAUUGUGCAAAAUGUUUACAGUUCUUUGUGAAAUUGUAGUUUAUCAUUAGUUUGUAUCUGUAAGUUAUUGUUAUAAAAAGUAUUACCUGUAUUUGUUAUAUACAGCCUAUACUUUAAAGCUUGUCUGUGAGUUGGCAAAAUAAAUUUCGUUUGCAAAUAUUUUCAAAUGAGCUGAAUAAACCCUCUGUUGCAGCAUGCUAAACAAACACGUUAUUGUGUUUCUGGUUGAACUAUGAGUAAUUAUAAAGGAUAGCAUAGUUUUAAU